AGGAUUUCCUAAUUCUGAAACAUACACGAACAUACGUUCGAAUCAACAAUCGAAGUAGAGCGAACAGAAGUAAAUUUACUCUAACAAAAUGUAUCUUCCUCGAGUGUCGAGAGAUAUAAACUGUAAAUGGAUCUUACGAGUGACCCAACAAUGUAUCUCGAUUAUCGGCGAAACGUCCUACAGAUCGAUUACGAAAAUGACAGUGCGCGAUGCACUGAACAUGGCCCUCGACGAAGAACUGGCUCGGGAUGAAAGAGUGUUCAUAUUGGGAGAAGAGGUCGCGGAAUUCGAUGGCGCUUAUAAGAUAACGCGUGGUCUCUGGAAGAAAUACGGUGACAAAAGACUGAUCGACACACCGAUCACGGAAGCUGGAUUCUGCGGUAUCGCCAUCGGCGCGGCGCUUCUAGGCCUAAGGCCGAUAUGCGAAUUUAUGACCUUCAAUUUCUCCAUGCAAGCCAUCGACCGUAUCGUCAAUGGCGCCGCGAAAAAUCUCUACAUGUCCGCCGGUAAAUUUCCUGUUCCUAUCUUGUUUCGAGGUCCGAACGGUAACGCCAAAGGUUUGGCCGCGCAGCAUUCUCAAUGCUUUGCCGCGUGGUUCAUGAGCACGCCCGGCUUGAAAGUUUUGUCACCAUCGACUUGCGAAGAUUAUAGAGGUUGCUUGAAGGCAGCUGUGCGAGAUCCUGAUCCCGUAAUCAUGCUAGAGAGUGAGCUUCUUUACAACAUUGAGUUUCCCGUGUCAGAUGAAGCCAUGGACAAGGACUAUCAGAUACCCCUCGGGAAGGCUAAAGUGGAGAAAUCCGGCAGGCACAUCACUCUAGUGACGCACGGCCAGGCGUACGUGUAUACGCUUCAAGCGGCCGAAUUGUUGGCGGGACAAGGUAUCGAGGCGGAAGUUAUCAAUUUACGAUCACUAAGACCCUUGGAUUGGGACACGGUGUUCAAGUCGAUUGGCAAAACACACAGGCUAAUGACUGUUGAACUGGGCUGGCCUAGAUGCGGAGUAGGAGCUGAGAUUGUCGCGACGGUGAUGGAAAAUCCAGUUUUCUUUCAGCUCGACGCACCUGCGGUUCGCUGCACCGGCAUCGACGUUCCAAUGCCCUAUUCUGAGAAGAUCGAAUAUGAAUGCACUCCAAAGGAUCACCAUAUAGCCGAUUACGCUAAACGCAUCUGCGGCACAAAAUUCUGAUAGUUUUUCCUCAUUGUAUUAAUAGUAUAGUUUUGCGCGAUUUAUAAAAUAAAGU